AUGCCCGGCUUCGUCCUCACCAAGGAGCACAUCCUCGCGGCCUUUGCGCCCCUCGCCGAGACCGACGACGCCGCCGCCCGCGCGCGCUUCUUCACCGACGCCCUCGUCCCCGACGUGACGUGGCACAUGGCCGGCAGCGCGCACUCGCUGGCCGGCACGCGCCAUUCGCUGCAGGCGCACAUGGACGCCACCUUCAACCGCCUGGGCCCCCGCCUGCGCGCGCCCAUCCGCUUCGACGUGACGCGCGUCGUCGUCGACGCCCAGCCCGGCCCGGACGGCGCCUGGUGGGCCUGCAUCGAGACGCGCGGGCACGCCAUCCGCAAGGCCUCGGGCAAGCCUUACGACAACGAGUACAUCUGGCUGACGCGCUGGAACCAGGACGGCAGGAUGGUUGAGGUCCGGAGCUACUGUGACACUAUGCUGGCCGAGGAGGUGCUGCGCGAGCCGGUCGAGUGA